AUGGUGUCGCCCACUCUGCCGGGAGUCGCUGCAGUGAACGCUGCGUCUCGUGGAGGCUCCGCAGGCGAGGAAGCGGACUGGGACGAAGCCGGUCGGCACUCGCUGCGGCCGCCAGCCGGUGGCGGCGAGCCUCCGUCGGCGCCCUCCUUCCUCGUUCAGCACCUGCACACGCCUCUGGCGGCUUCGCUCGCGCGGCGCCAAGCCGCGGACCAGAAGCUGACGCGAAAGAAGAUGCCGACGACUUGCGGGGAGGUGAGCGCCGCGCCCCUGCUGGGCACCGCGAGCAGCGGACAUGCGUCUCGGCUGGCGCAGGUCGCGACCCCGGCUCCUCCGCCGGCGUCUGGCGCGUCCCCGCUGGUGAAGACGGUCAUGAGCUCGCCGGCGAGCGUGGACACAAACGCGACGGAGAGCAGCAGAAGCAGCAGCGGCGCGGCGCCCGCCCCCGCACGGAAGACUGCAGGCGCCGCGGGCGCAGGAGGCUGUCGGGUGAACGUCAGAGUCGUGGUCCGGUGUCGACCUAUGACUGCCGCCGAGCAGCGCGAAAGCAGCAGCGUGGUUGACAUUUACACAGAGCGAAAUGAGGUUGCGGUGCGUCUGAGAGGCGGCGGUCCGCCAGGCUUCGCCGGCAAAGCGCAACAGAGUCUCUCAGGAGCCGGAGGUGGAAGUGGAAAUCGCGCAAGGUUGCAGUCAAGUGCCGGCGCUGGAGGGAGCAACAGCAGCAAGGUCUUCCGAUUCGACGGCGUCUGCCCUGUCAGCACAUCGCAGCAGCAGCUCUUUGAACAACACGCUCAGCCGCUAGUCGAUGAGGUCCUCCAAGGCUUCAACUGCACAAUUUUCGCUUACGGUCAGACCGGCACGGGAAAGACGGUCACUGUUGAAGGCGCACCUGGCGCCGGCGGUCGCUCGGUCUACGACACGGAUGACGAUAUUGCAGCCCAGGCGGACUGCGGACUCGUUGGCCGCUCGGUUCGCCGGAUCUUCAGCACGCUGCGCAGCGAGCGAGCCGCGAAGGACUACACGGUCACGUGUUCCUUCCUUGAGAUCUACAACGAAGAACUCGUCGACCUCUUCUCUAUCCUGCCAGCCUCCAGCUCCUCUGCCUUCGCUUCUGGAGGCGGCAGCUGCCCCAGCAGCCAAAGCAGCUUGCCCGGCAGCGACUCCAACGACUCUCAGCUGUCCGGCUCGCAGGGCUCAGGAGCCUCGUCUCGCCUGCGGAUCUACGAAGAUAACUCGAGCUCGUCAGCAGCCGAACCUGCGGCCUCUGGCGCGGGCGCGGCGUCUGGGGGGGUCCCUCGCGGGCCGCAGCAGGCUCGCGGAGUCGUUCGCGUGGAGGGUCUGGAGGAGAAGGAAGUGAAGUCCGAGGAGGAAGUUUUCGCGCUGCUUCGCGCGGCGGCGCCGCGGCGCUCUUUUGCCGCCAGCAGCGCGAACGCCAGAAGCAGCAGGAGCCACACCAUUUUCUCCGUGUCGGUCUCCAUUCGCGAAAGUGCCAGCGCGGUCGCAGAGGAGGAUGGAGAGCUCGAAGGCGCGACGCCAGUCACGGGGAGACGAAGAGCGGGCGCGGGCUUCACAGGGCCGCGCGCCGGUGCGUCCGUUGAGGAGGAGGUCGUGCGCGUGGGGAAGCUCAACCUCGUCGAUCUCGCCGGGAGCGAAAACAUCUACAAAAGCUGGGGGACGACGGCCGAGGAGAAGCGGCGGCGCGAGGCGCUCACCAUCAACAAGUCUCUCCUGACUCUGGGGCGAUGCAUCAACGCCUUGGUUGACAAUGCGUCCUACGUGCCCUACAGGGACAGCAAACUCACGAGGCUCCUGCAGGACAGUCUGGGAGGCUGCACCAAGACUUGCCUAAUCGCCACGAUCUCUCCAGCGGGAAACGUCGUCGAGGAGACGAUCAACACCUUAGACUAUGCGUACCGCGCGAAGAGUAUACAGAACCUGCCAGUGAAGACCUUACGCCACUCCAAGUCGCUCUUGCUCUCCUCGUUGCUGAGCGAAAACCAGCAGCUGAAACUGCUGCUGGCCUCCCAGCGCGAGCGCGACGGCGUCUUCCUGCCUCUCCCCCUGUAUACCCAGCAGGAGGAGCGGCUCCAGAGUCAGCAAGAGCAGCUCCUCGCCCAGGACACGCAGAUUCGGUGCCUAGAAGAUCGCUUGCAACAGCAGGAGUCUCAGCUGAAGGCCUUCGAGGAGAUGGAGGCGCGUCUGCGAGUCGCCUUGGACGAGCAAAGCAGCCUGCAGCAGAGGGCCGCGCAGCUGGCGGCGGAGCUCGCGGCGGCGAACGAGACAGGCAAAGACCUGCAAACGCAGGUGCAGCGACUGGAGGGUCGGGAAGAAUUCGUCGCGACCCAGAUGACGCAGGAGCUACAGAAACAGCGUGCAGCGGCCGCCGCGGCGAGUCGCACGUUGAACAGCGCCAUCCACGACCUGCUUUCGCUCUUUUCGCACCAGAAAGAAGUGCUCGCCCGGUCGCAGGCGCGCGGCAGAGACAUCUCGACGUGCUUUGCGCAGGAGGUUGACGCCGCCUGCAGCAAGCUGGCUGAAGAGCAGACUGUCCUUCACCGGCGCCUGGAGGCUUCUCUGAAGAGCUUGCGCUCCCACGAAGACGCCCGCGCGUCGGCUGCGCUCAAGGCCGCCGAGCUCCUUCAGGGCCGCUUCGAGGCGCAGCAGAGCCUGGAGGACAGCGAACGCCAGCAGCGCGUCGAGACGCUCGCCAAAUGGCACCAGCGCACUGAGGCGCACCGGGCGCAGGCGACGGAGGGGCUCGCGAACCUCGAGAGCGAGCUAGAGAGACAGAGAGAGCGCGGCAAGGUCCGCCUGACGGACGUUGGGCAGAAGGCAAGGGCCGCCCUGCAGCGGCUCCAGUGCCGGCUCCGCGAGCAGGCAGACGCCGCCUGCAUGCAGCUCGAGCAGAAGGCAGCGGAGGAAACGAAACACCGCGAACAUGUGCGACAUAUGGUCGCGGGGCUGGCGGAGAAGGAGAUUUCGCACGCCGGCACCACGUCCAGGACGCUGGAGCGGCUCGAGAGCGAGCUCGACACGUGGAAAGACGAACAGGAGAGACAGGUGGAGGAGGCGACAGCUGCGCUCCUGUCGGCUCUGCAGCGGCAGAUCCGUCAGCUUGCCGACCAGCAUCAAGAGGCCCUCUCGCGCCACGCGCAAACCCUUCAGAGACAGCUCAAGGCCCUGCGCGACGAGCAGAAAGCCCAGCAGCACACUUUGAAGGCUCUUGGCGAGGAGCUGGCGGUCGCGGCUGACGACGGAGGCGCCACAGUCACGGCGCUCGCCUCCGCGGCGCGCUCCGGCCUCAACGCGCUUGUGGCCUCGGCGAUGCAAGCGACCGCUGGCGGCCAGGAGGCCCUGAAGGCCCACGAACUGGCGACUGCCGCGGCGCUGGAGCAGGAUGGACGCGCCUCCCAGUCUCACAUCGCGACGGUCAAGGACUGUUUCUCCGCGCACCAUCGUGCGCUGUGCACGUCCCUGGAGGAGGCCUCGGCGCACGAGCGGAAAAUUGCCGCUGCGAAAGCCGAGGCAGAUCGCGCGGCGUGCGAGGCGAAUCGCGAGAGGCAGAAAGAAGAAGAGCGCCUCCGCGGGCUCGCGCGCGACAUGCUCACGGACGCGCAUGGGGCGGCCGAGGCAGCCGAGGCGCACCGCCAAGGAGCUCUCAGGAAGCAGCAACAAAGGGCAGGCGAAUUCGUCAAGACAGUGCGAAAAGAACUGCGAACGCCAUGCGAUGGAAGGUGCCCUGUUCCACCUGGCGAGCCCCUGGUUCCAUCCCAGAAGGCUGGCGGCAAGCCUGUCGCCUGCGCCUCCUGCUUUGCGGAAGCGACAGUGCGCCGCUGGACGGAGGCGCAGGCCCAGCUCGCGGCAUCGGCUGCGGAAACCACCGACAGCGAAGGAGACUUCUGCCGGCUUGCUGACCUGAGGAGGCGCUUCCUAGAUCUGGAGACGUGGCAGCCGGCACAGAGCCCAGACGGGGCCUGCCCGAGCCCGGCGGCGGCGACUGGCACGGAGAAGUGCGCGACUCCUCCGUCGUCCCUUCCGACUGCUGCAAGAGCGUGCUGGCAGACGGACACAGACACGCCGCUCUUAAGGCUUGACGGCGUUCUCCACGCGGAGCCCAGCGGUCUCUGCGUUUCAAUUUCCGCUGCGUCGUCGGCUCUGAGCGAUCGGCCGAGUUCCGCAGCGUCCCGCGUCGAGGUUUCAUCCGGGCAGCAGAGCCUGUCGACUUCCCGUGGCGCGGCGUCGCCUUCUGCCGCCAACGCCACGCCGGGGUCCGCAACCCCCUGGGGUCACGACGCCUCGCAGCCUGGAGAAAAGAGCCUGAGCGAAUGGGAGGUCGACCGCGUGUCGUGCUCGGCAGAGGCCGUGGGCGGCGAGGCGGAGGAGGCGACUGAGGAAGAAGAUGCAGAAUACGCGCUUCCGCCUUGUCAGCAAACUGCAUGCGGACCGAAGCCGGAGACGCCCAGUCAGUGGCACCUAAAGGCCGCGAAAAGGAGCUCGAGUUUUCCACAAAGAAGUCUGGGGAAAGAUCUCGCCAGGCCGCGAGUAGGCAAGGCUCCAGGCGCGCCAGGAUUCGGUCGGCCGAGUCCGCGGACUGCCGUCAACGCAGACGGCAAGAAGAGCAUCAGUCUGGCAGUUCGAAUGGGGGGCGAGGCGGAUGCAGCGCGGCCGCGUGGUGUUUCGCGGGGCGCUGUCCUCCACCGGCCGCACGCCCAGCUGUCCCCACUGAAGAACGAAAUGAGAGAAGGACUGCCGGGAGUCCCUGCGCAGAGCAGGAGCGGCGGAAGCAAACGCGGGCUUCAAAAGAUGCAUGCAGGCAUGCGUCCAGGCGCUGCCCGCGGCGCCGCGCCGGUUGGGCUCCGCAGCGGACGAAACGACGGCAGCAGUGCUCGCCCGGAGCUCGGGCGCCAGGAUGAAAACACGAAGAGUGGAAAUGCAGGGGCGGCGCCACGGGAAGAGACAGAAAGACAGCGCCAAAGUCUGCGGAGGCGCAGGUCGAGCGACGGCGCCUUUCUGGAGCUCGAGAGCGAGAAAAAAAAGCCAAACACUGAUGUAACGAGCCCGAGAGCUGGCUUGCCUGCUGUGUGUGCGUCUUGA